AUGGAAAAGAACAUCUGCUAUCGGCAACGAAGGAGAAAAGAAGUCGUCUACGACGAUUGCGUACUCGAGGACUCCCUGUCCCAAGGUGACUGGCACAUCGAGGAGGACCCAAACGUGGACUACGAGAUGCUGCUCAGAGGAUUACGAGCCUGUGCUGAACGUGCCUCGAAGUCGCGCACGACAAACUUGGAUCGAAUUUCGAAGACCACCAAGGAAUUGUUAGGAAGAAGAAGGGCUUUGAGGCUUGAUCCGAAUGCAUCGCACAUUGAGCGGUUAGUAGCAAACACUAGCUGCAGAAAAGCGUUGCAGGAGGAUCUUUUGAAGUACAGGCAGAAGAAGAUUCUAGAAGCAGCACAAAGAAGAACGAGUCUAAAGAAGUGCCGCAGGGACCUCCGCGAAUAUAAUAUUCCGCUAGCAACCUUGCUGAGCGAAGACGGGACUCGCACGUCUUCUCGUCGUGAGAUGGAAAUCAUUACGGAGAGGUUCUACUCGAACCUUUUCCGUUCAUCAACUCCUGUGUCAAGCCCGAUCAUCCCCACUGGCGAAGCUUUACCACGGAUUCUCCCUUCGGAAGUAUGA